AUGUCCGCCUAUCUCCGGGCAUUGGCUGCCCUCGAGAGCUGGUCGCUCGAAGGAGACCAAGUGGAACCCGAGUUCUUGGAAGCGUAUGGAGAAGCAGCAAAGAGCUUGCGUUGCGGCACCACCGCCCCGAGGAUCAGGAUCCUCGACAUUGGAGCCGGUGCGGGAGGAGACCUCCGCUACAUCCGCCGGGCCCUGGAUGCAGCAGAUCUGUCGCUGACGAUGGUGGAGGUGGUCGCAGUCGAACCCAACCAGUGCGCUUGGCCCCACCUGGAGCAGGAGCAGAAGCGAUGGCUGUCGGAUGUUGCCGAUUUCCGGCUUCUGCCUGACAUGUCAACAUUAUAUUUGGAAGCAGAUGGCUUCGACCUGGCGGUGCUCCAGCAUGUUCUCUGCUGUGCACAGCAGCCGGGGGAUUUGCUGGAAGAAGUCCGAGCAGCCUUGAAGCCAGGUGGUCAGCUGGUUUUCGUUGAGCAUGUCGUGGCCGACAGUGCCAAAAUGCCCUAUCUCCUGGCAGCUCAAGUCGCGUUGCGCCCUGUUCAGCGGGCCUUAUGCAACGGCUGCGAUCCGUGCCGCGAUAGCGAGCGGCUUUUUGAAAGCCAAGUCUUCGAGGAGGUGAAGCUGAAGCGCUUCAGCUUGCCGGUGCUCGGAGUUCCCAUACCGCACAUCAAGGGCGUCGCCCUGAAAAGUGAAGCCGACCUCACCAAGACAUGGCGUGCGCCGUUGACUGUCGAAGAGUUUCUUUGA